AUGGAAAGCCCUACCGACGACAGUUUUGAUCCAGUUCUGUUCGCACAAAGCGAAUCGUCACUGUCCUUGACCUCAAAUUCAGAAGAAAAUAUUAAAGUAAUAUCUUAUUUGGAUAGUAAUUAUCAAAUAACAAGUUCAAAACACUAUUUAUACUGCUAUGUACCUGAUAGAUACAGUAGUAUACAGACAGAGCAAUCCACUUAUAUUUCUGACGACUCCAGCGGUGAAGAGUUAGUUAUCCGUAAUAGUAAUAGAUCAGUGAGUGUGGAAAGCGACGCAAGCCACUAUACUGACUUGGAAGAUAGCCAUGGAACAAUACAUGGGCAUAGAUACAUUGUGUACAGACUGUCUCAACAAAAUCAAACCGACAUGUAUAGUACUGAAAUAGAGAGAUUGAGAAACAAAGAACCAGUAAUAGUCAUUGAUAAUCUAAAUGGCACACAUGAUAUACAAACAAUGGUAAAUCAAAUUCUAGCGAAAAAUGAAUUCUCCAAGGUUUCCUCACUUUAUGUUGUUGUACCAACAUCAGACGAAGAUGUUUCCAAACCUGUGAAGGCACCUCCCCGGUCUACAAUUUGUGUACAGUUAUCAGAACACCAUAAUUGGAACGAAAAUGACGAGACUGAUGAAAUAGAAUUAGUUUCACCCCAUACACGUGGCUUGAAGAUAUCAACAAAAGGUAAAAAAUUUUGUUUAGAAGGUCUACAAGAGACAUUAUCAUCUCUUAGUGAGGAGGAAUCUACGAGUAAGGUCAAACGUCCAAACUUUUUAAAAAGGUUCCACAGGCAUUUAAAGAAAGAAAAGAUGGAAAAGUCAGAAAGUACAGAAGAAAAAGAAGUUAUAGUAAACAGAGAGAAGGCAACCAAGAACAAGCUGUGCCAAAUAACUACUCCUAAAGAAAUGUUUCGAAGAUUUCCACGAAGUAUGAGUACUGACAUCCACCAAUUGUACUCUGACUACACUAAUGACAAACUCAAUGAAUCAUCGAAUGUUGUUUCUGAACUAAUCACUCCUCUACUCGUAAACCAAGGUUUGAAAUGCGAUACACAUCGAAGCAGGCCGAUGAUGAUAAGCGUGACGCAACAAGCAUCGAUCAUGUCCAUGACCCGUGGGUGCUCGGUAGCUCCAUGCCAGUUGUCUACUGUCGGCCGAGGACGCCGCAACGCUGUGCAAUUAGAUGAAUGUCCAAUACAAGCAAACUGUCCUGAAGAAGACACCGACAAGCCCCCAGAUUUACCGGAUAACUGUCGUUGCUGCCCUGAGAAACUAAAGCAAAUGUUACAACAAGCACUAGAAGACAAGGCACAGAAUUUAAGAUCCACAGCAUGUGGUGGUGUUCCUGAAGAUACAGAGGAUGACUGUGGGUACUCAAAACAAGAAUGCGAUGAAGAUUCAAGUGCAGGGUGUACGUGUAGUGGUACAAACAAACGAAUGUCAUGCCCAUGUCAAUUAUUUCCGCUGCCUAUAUCUAAAACUACUAACGGUCCAAAAGAAGGGACUAGAUCUUUAAGCUGCCAGUGCUGUAAUUGUGAAGAAUCUAAACUGAAAUUUUGUCCAGGUACAAAAAAUUUGGGUUCGUGUACAAUGGAAGUAAUAGGACCCGCAGGUGGAAUCUCACUAAUAGAACCAAACGGAACUUACACUCAAGCAGGCAUGAUACAGACCCAGGUCGCUACUAGCACGGAGCCACCCCGUAAGGAAUGUGUCUGUGACGAGAAAAAGACAAAUUCCCGUUUAAACUUUAUGGGUGGAUUCCUCAAAAGCAAACGCGCAACUAAACAAGUUUGCGAAUGUUGUCCGGUACCCGAACCUGAGCCUGAACCUGAGCCUCAAAUUGUGCUUAAACGAAAGCCUGAUUAUGACAUUGUUAUUUCACCAACUCCUGGAAUUGUGAUUGUGCCAGAGCCUGAGCCGCCGGACGAAGACCAGCUGAGACGUAACGCUGAAAUGAUUGAAGAAAGAAGAAGAUUGAAAGAAAAAUCAGAUAGUACACAUGCAAUAUCUGGUUUCAGGCUGUUUAAGGGCAAAGCGCCUCCACCCACUACAGGACCACCAGAAGUAGAGCUAACAAUGGAAGAGGCUGUCAGGUACUAUGCUACUUUAAACCCAGAGAUUAUACAAGAGUUUAUCCCUCCUCCAAUAGUCAUCGAAGAAAAACCUUUUAAAGAGUGUACGUGUGAAGAGAAAAAAUUAGAGAAGAAAUUAAAGAAAAAAAGGAAGAAAACAAAAAUAGUGAAAGAACCUAUUGUCAUAUGUGAAUGUCCCGUUGACCCUGAGCCACCACCGCCACCACCAGAACAAGAUCCAUUAAUAAUAGUGGUUCCUGAUAGUAUGCUGAAAGCUGAUGAAACACCAGACGGUGAGGGUGAUGAACCACAAACCGAAACUGUACCUGAACCUCCAUUGGAAGGACCAACCGGAGGAAUCAAGUUGGCUAUGACUGGUAAAGGUUCCGGAUCUAAGGGUCUUUCUAAUCUAUAUUGCUUCGAAAAAGAUGAAGAUGAACUGUAUAGAAAAUGA